AUGGUGGAGGCCAACAACGCCAAGUUUUGGCGCGCGGUGCCGGCGCCCUGCGUCGGGUACGUUUGGGCCUACAUGUCCUGGGGCCAGUACGGCCGGGACGUGGGCAGCGCGGCCGACCAGAUCGCCGCCUACGCCAGCCAGGCCCCCGCCGCCGGCGACGGCCUCGACGCCUGGGUCCUCGACAUCGACGACACCUGCCUCUCCAACCUGCCCUACUACCAGGCCAAGCAGUUCGGGGCGUACGACCCGGCGGCGUUCAAGGCGUGGGCGAGCAGGGGGACGUGCCCGGGGAUACCGGCGAUGGUGACGCUCUUCUGGGCGCUCAAAGCCGGAGGCUUCAGGGUUUUUCUUCUCUCCGGGAGAGACGAGGAGGCUCUCGGCGCGCCCACGGCUGCCAACCUCGCCGCUGCCGGGUUUGCUGGCUACGACCGGCUCAUCUUGAGGAGCGCGGCGUACCGGGGGCAGAGCUCGGUGGUGUUCAAGUCGGCGGAGCGCCGGCGGCUGGUGGAGGAGGGGUACCGGAUCCGCGGCAACGUCGGCGACCAGUGGAGCGACCUGCAGGGCGACUGCGCCGGCGACCGCGUCUUCAAAGUGCCCAACCCCAUGUACUUCGUCCCUUGA